AUGAUGGCCGUAGUAAUCGCUGUCCCAGUGGGCUUGUUCGUCCGUCGGGGCAAGCACACAUCAGCACACGCCAAUGCCUCGAAUGUGCCGCCAAGCAGCCCCAUAAUGAUAAGCAACACCUCUAGCCUCGCCUCGAUCGCUUGGAACGACACCAAUGGCAUAAUGCAGUACCGGGUUUAUUCGCAGGGCGAAGAUAAUAUUAUAAGGGAAUCUGCCUGGAAUGCCACCGCAAACUUGUGGCAACUCUCGAAUAGUGCAAUAGGCAUUGCCGAAGCCAAUGCUCCAUUGGCUGCUGUCAUUAGCGGUCCAGCGGUCUAUCCAUUUCAAAUAGAUCUCGGUGCUAUCAGCGCUAGCGAUACCAUUGUCUUUUGGCUCUGUACCGACUCUGAACUAGUCGACGGGGAGACUAAUUUCACGAGCGGGCCUUUCAUUGACCCUACCGUUGCACCAGCCGCACAUACAGCUCUCGCCGCGACUUGGGACCGUGCGCUUGACUGCAAUGAUUGCUCCGAAACCCUUCUCCUUUUGUACCAGGAUACCGCUGGGCAGUUGGCAUUGGGAAACUUGACCGUUGAUGGGUGGCUGUGGUUUACACUUUUUGCAAACCCAGUGCCUGGAACAGGCCUUGCGCUCGACGUGCGAUCCAUGGGCAAUGUGACAAGAAACAUAGCCAUUUUCUACCAGCGUGGAAAUGACUACCUUACAGCAACGCUAUUCAAUGGAACUUCCUAUCAAUGGGAGACCCGAGAAUCAGAUCCUAUCAGAAUGAUCGCCGCCAACGCCUCCAUAGCAUCCUCUAACUACGGCUCCACCUCAGUAGGCGUGACGCUGGACGAAGUCGUCUUAUCAACAAGCUCAAAUGGGACAGCGGUUAAUAUUUGGGAUGGUCAGACCCAGACGUUUGGGGUGGGGGAAUACUCAACGGUCCUGGGGGAGUCAAGAUCAUUGGCAACGAAUGCGGAUGCACACGCGUACGGCUUGCAACAUGGUACUGUCAAAGAGUUCAAGAUUGAUAACAUGCUCGCUCGCUUGGUCAGUCGUUGGGAACGUGACUACUAG